AUGCGUGAACAAAUAUCUAAGUCCACGGCUGAUAAACCAUGUGAUUUUGGUGUGAAGUAUGACGAACUAUGUCGUCAAUUUAAUUUAAUACCAUUGUCAUCUGUUAAAAUAAAACUGAAUGAAGGAGUUAUCGAUUUAGAUACGGACAAUUUAAGAUUUGACGAUUGGAGUCCAUUAUGUGGUGCUAUUGGCACUUGUAAAACGUUACGUUCAAUUAUAUUUCGUAGUCAGUUUUACAAUACACCAUCGAGAAACUUGGCAGAAGCGGAAAGGCGAAAUGUAAAGCGCUCAUUAUCAGCAUCCAAGAGACCACCAAUAUUUCAAAGCAAGGAACUUUUAGCAAAAAUUUGUUUAAAUUUAAAAGAUUGCCUAACAAUGACAACUGAACUUGUUCUACUUGAUCUAAAUGGUUUACCAUUUCGAAGAAAAGAUUUGUCUCUAAUAGCACAAGGACUUGCAAAAUGUAAAUCAAUAGUACGUUUUCGAUUAACAAAUUCUCCAAUCGGUGAUGACGGACUUGAAAUACUUUCUCGACAUUUGAAUCAAUCGCCAAAAAUUCGUGAAGUUGAUUUUUCUGCGUGUUCAUUAACAAGUCAUGGAGCGCAAAUUCUAGCAGAUUUAAUUAAACAACAAGGAUUUCGACGUCAUAAUUGUGUAUGGCAAGAAAGUUUACGGUAUCAAAAUCCAACCUUAGAUCAUAUGUCUGGAUUAAGACGUAUUACAAUAAAUCAAAAUCCACUCAUUGGUGACAAAGGAGCAGGUUAUUUAGCCGAUAUUUUAAAAGAAGAUUUAUGGAUAAAAGUGUCAACAACCGGUGCGAAAGCAUUUCUUGAAUCAACUAAAUUAAAUAGUAUUAUUCACAUUAUUGACAUUCGAAAUAAUAGUUUAGUUGAUCGAGAUACGAUAGAAAAACUUGUUGAACAAUUACUUAUCAAUUGUGGCGAUGAUCGAUGUGAGUACAAAUGGUCCAAAUUAGAUUCACCAAAGCGUCCUUCUAGCAAAAUAUCUAUUCAAAGUAUGAAUAAUGGAACCACAAUGAUAACGAAUGCAUAUGGAAAUAAUGUAAAUACGAGAAAGCCAACACCAACACCCCCACACCAAUUUUACAAAUCAUUAAAUCCAUCAAAAUUGCAGCGAAGCAAAUCAACAGGUUCGGUUUCGACUGAACCUCAUGUACCGUGGCGAUCAGCUGCAAGAGCAAGUCGAUUACCGGGUUAUCCACCAAGAGCAAAUAUAAAAUCAUUUCAUUCAUCAGAAGAGUCAAUUUAUGCUGGUGGAGAUCAUAAUUACCAUCACACACCUCGACUUCCAAUUAGAGACCAUCCAAAUGUGAAUAUUCUAUCGUAUUCUACUCGAGCUCAUAAAACUGACGAUCUUUUUCUUAAUUUUCAGACUAAAAUACAACAUUUAGAAAAUAGGUUAAAAGAAGAACGACAGGCAAGACGACAACUUGAAGAUCAACUUCAAAAGAUCCUAAUACAAAAUGGUGUUGCACAACGUCAACAAGAUCGUUUCUGUGAAGUUGUUGAAAGUACAUUUCAAAAAUUUCAGAAAUUUUUAGACUUUUUAAGAUCAAAACGAUUGGGUCAAUUAAUAACGAUGGCUGGACUUGAUGAUGCCACUGAUCCAAUGUUGUCGUUUAACGAAUUACGUGAUUCAGCAGCAACCGUGGGUCAUGAUGAGCACCAUCAAACAUUCUAUAAUAGUCACGUUUCACACACUGAUACAAAAUCUCAGUCAAAAAUAAAUGAGAAUUUGGUGAGUCAAAAUAGUGAAAAUGAUCAAAAUCAUCGAACUCAAUUGUCAAAUAUUUUGAAUGAACAGCAAAAUCGAACUCGAGCUAUUAAUACAACUAUACCUAAACAAGAACGAGCGAUAUCUUCAGAUAACAAUAACAAACAUCUUUUAUCUCAAGUAUCUUCGCCGUCAACUAUCGAUGAUGAAAAUAUUGAUGGUGAUUAA